ACCCUGAGUUGCCUGAAGGGGGGAAUGGCACUGCCUGCGUUUGCAGCCCGGGCGCUCGGGCCACCGCUGCAACCGGAGCAAGGAGCGCCCGCCCGCACCACCUGUCCUCGUCGUCAUUCCAGAGUAGAGGCCGAAUUGGCAGUGAGCCGGCCUGGGUCGGUCGCUGCCUCAGUCCGCGUGGGCCCUCCUAGGGGUGUGUCUCACGGAUUCAACUCCCAGCCGCUCCUGGACGAGCCCCUAAAGGCGUCUUCCUCCCUGGCGGGAGCCGUGCACGCCCCGCUCUUCGCGCUGCUGCCCCGAGGCCGCCGCAGGCGGAUGCGCGACCUCAGGCGACGCUGGGACCUGGGCUCCCUCUGCCKGGCCCUGCUCACUCGGGGCCUGGCCGCCCUGGGCCACUCACUGAAGCACGUGCUCAGUGCGAUCUUCUCCAAGAUUUUCGGCCCUUUGGCCAGCGUCGGGAACAUGGAUGAGAAAUCCAACAAGCUGCUGCUGGCUUUGGUGAUGCUCUUCCUAUUUGCCGUGAUCGUCCUCCAAUACGUGUGCCCCGGCACAGAAUGCCAGCUCCUCCGCCUGCAAGCGUUCAGCUCCCCGGUGCCGGACCCGUACCGCUCGGAGGAUGAAAGCUCCGCCAGGUUCGUGCCCCGCUACAAUUUCAGCCGUGGCGACCUCCUGCGCAAGGUAGACUUCGACAUCAAGGGCGAUGACCUGAUCGUAUUCCUGCACAUCCAAAAGACCGGAGGCACCACUUUCGGCCGCCACCUGGUGCGCAACAUCCAGCUGGAGCAGCCUUGCGAGUGCCGCGUGGGUCAGAAGAAAUGCACUUGCCACCGACCGGGUAAGCGGGAGACCUGGCUGUUCUCCAGGUUCUCCACUGGCUGGAGCUGCGGGCUGCACGCUGACUGGACCGAGCUCACGAGCUGCGUGCCUGCGGUGGUGGACGGCAAGCGCGACGCGAGGAUGAGACCGUCCAGGAACUUCCACUAUAUCACCAUCCUCCGAGAUCCAGUAUUCCGGUACUUGAGCGAGUGGAGGCAUGUGCAGAGGGGGGCCACUUGGAAAGCGUCUCUGCAUGUCUGUGAUGGAAGGCCCCCAACCUCGGAAGAGCUGCCCAGCUGCUACACUGGUGAUGACUGGUCUGGCUGCCCCCUCAAAGAGUUCAUGGACUGCCCCUACAAUCUGGCCAACAACCAUCAGGUGUGCAUGCUCUCUGACCUGACCCUAGUAGGCUGCUACAACCUCUCUGUCAUGCCUGAAAAGCAAAGAAACAAGGUCCUUCUGGAAAGCGCCAAAUCCAAUCUGAAGCACAUGGCGUUCUUUGGCCUCACUGAGUUUCAGCGGAMGACCCAGUAUCUGUUUGAGAAGACCUUCAACAUGAACUUUAUUUCGCCGUUUACCCAAUAUAACACCACUAGGGCCUCUAGCGUAGAGAUCAAUGAGGAAAUCCAAAAGYGUAUUGAGGGACUGAAUUUUCUGGAUAUGGAGUUGUACAGCUAUGCAAAAGAUCUCUUUUUGCAGAGGUAUCAGUUUAUGAGGCAGAAAGAGCAUCAGGACAGGCGGAAGCAUCAGGAGCAACGGACAUUUCUGAAGGGAAGGUUCCUUCAGACUCAUUUCCAGAGCCAGAGUCAGGGCCAGAGCCAGAGCCAGAGCCAGAACCCGAAUCAGAGUCAGAAUCCAAAUCCAAAUGCAAACCCGAAUCUGCCUCCGAAUCUGAUUCAGAAUCUGACUCAGAGUUUGAGUCAGAAUUCGAGCCAGAAGGAGAAUUGGGCAAGCCCCAAGCAGAACCCAGGCCAGGAGCAGCCCGAAAGCAACACCAGCAAUGGCACCCACUAUAUAGGCAGUGUAGAGAAAUGGCGUUAAAUGGCUCUGAAAGGCUUGUGCACACUUCUCCCAAAGCGCCACCAAAAAAAUGACAUAUCUUAAAAGAUGAAAAUGUCCAAACACAUCCUGAUUCCUUAAGUUUGGAAGUUAAAAAAGGUUUAGAUGUUGCCUUUACAGUUGCCUUUCAAUUAAAUGUUAUGCUGUGUGUGGGUAAAACAGAUCUCAAUAUGUAAUUAAAUUGUCUUUUUUUUUCUUUUGGUUGGACUUUUUAUGAAAUCCAAAAGCCAAAAGAGACUCACCAGAAAUUGCUGUGUAGCUAUUUUAAGAAGUUCUUAAAUUACUUAUGGAGGCAAAAUGAAUACACAAAAUGUGACCAUUUAACAUACAACUGAGAAAUGGAAUUUAAGUGAUUCCUGAUACACUGUUAAAACCCAGUUUUGGAAACAAACCCUUUUUCCAGUGGUGAGCAUAACUAUAAAUAUCAAAUGAMUAAAAGAAACACAAACCUUUCAUUUCUUUCUGAUUUUAACAAGGAACCUAUUUAAAUAGAACAGCAACUGAUGAUAAAUUUUACCAAAGUGUAGAAAAUUUGAAAAUUCCUCUCCCAAACSUGGGUGGUUUUAUGUAAAAAUAUUGGCUUUUCAAAUAGAACAGGACUCAUAUCUUGUAAUUUAAGAGAUGUUUAAAAUUUUAAACUUUUCUACCUUCUACUAUUUAAAGGUUUUAAACAAGGUGUAUCUCAUAUUAAGGAAAGAACAUAUUUUUUCCAAAUGGAAGACCAGUGUAAAAAUCUAAUGUCCAGAUGCUUUCAGGGCACUGUAAUUUCAACAAUUCUGGAAUCUUUUUGGCACUGCUUCUCAUUCACUUUAAGGCUUCUCUGAGUUGUGCUCAUUCCAAACAAACCCAUGUAUAGAAUCUUUCUCCAUCAUCUAAAUGGUGUGUUGCUGAAUUAAUUGUGGUAUAUAAUCCUGGAUUAAAGUCAGGACUUUCUUUCUAUAGAAUUGUCUUAUCAAUGUUUGUGUAGUGAGGUCCUUAAUCAAGAAACUCUUGAACAGGACAAUGUGUCUAAAAAUAUUGCUKAAGUUAUUCUUGAUCAGAUAGAAUUGAACCUGAAUGUGAAUUGUUAUUUACUUUUUGUAYAUCUUUAUUGUAUAAUGUUUCCAGUUUGGCUGGCUAUUUCUGGCCCAUUAGUUCUUCUUUGUGUUGACAAGUUUGUAGACAAUUAUAAAAGCCAAYAAAGGGUAGAAUAAGCAUGACAAUAGCCAGAGUUAUUCUUCAACACCAAAAGCUGUUGCUGGAUUCUUUGGGUUAACCUUUCUACCAGGUUUUCAUUUAUGAAAGAACCAAAGYAGAGGACAUUCUACAGCAGAGUUAAGUAUCAAGAACAAUCAAGUGGAAGAGAGUAACAUGGUUCUAUGAGUCUACACAUCAUGUUUCUGGGUGGUUUCUAUUUUAUGGGUUUGGCUAAACUUUUGCAAGAACUUACAUUGACCUCUGGUUAUCAAACAAGGUGCCUG